CCCUUCUUUUUAUCUAUCAAUCAAACUCAAAGUCAUGCAUACACUACACCACAUGCAUCCCACUCUACCCAUUUUGAUUCAAACCUUUUACUAAUAAUCCAUAGUUUUCAAUAUCUUUUCUUGCCACUACUUUCCUUAAUUUGACAAAAACGAUAAGAGCAAAAAUGUGAAAGCAAAAGCAAUAGAAAGAAACUCUCAAAUCAUAACCAAAAAAGUUAUUUAGUUUUUGUACUACUAUAGAAUAGAAUAUGCAUGAAACAUAGAAAAUUCAUCAUCAAAAAAAUCGAUCAUGGACAGCACAGAUUCAUCAUCUUGCUCUCCACACCCCCACCUACCACCAGGUUUCCGAUUCCACCCUACCGAUGAAGAACUCGUUGUUCACUACCUCAAAAGAAAAGCUGCUUCUGCACCUCUUCCAGUAGCCAUCAUAGCAGAGAUUGAUCUCUACAAAUUCGACCCAUGGGAACUCCCAAGUAAAGCAAGUUUUGGGGAACAAGAAUGGUAUUUUUUCAGCCCAAGGGAUAGAAAAUACCCAAAUGGGGCCAGGCCUAAUAGGGCUGCAACUUCUGGGUAUUGGAAAGCUACUGGAACUGAUAAGCCUAUAUUAACAUCUGAUGGGAAUCAGAAAGUUGGAGUUAAGAAAGCACUUGUUUUUUAUGGAGGGAAGCCACCAAAAGGAGUGAAAACUAAUUGGAUUAUGCAUGAGUACAGGCUCAUCACUGAUCACAAUAAUCAUCAUUCUUAUAAUGCAACUUCAAAAACUCCUCCUCUGCCUUCUGAUCAUCCUCCAAAUAAUAACAAGAAGAAUUCCCUAAGGCUUGAUGAUUGGGUUUUGUGCCGAAUAUACAAGAAAAGCAACAGUAGCAACAUGCCAAGGCCACUCCUAAUGGAUCAAUAUGAUGAUCAAACCUAUAAUAUGCAACAAAACUCCAAACAUUCAUCUUCAAGAAGCACAAGUUAUGGACUUGAAAAUGAUGACAAUUUCUUUGAUGGAAUCUUAGCAUCUGAUCACGGAAUGCAAAAUGGUUGUGACAUAAACUCAAAGGGUGAUAACAAUAAUAAUGAAUCAUUAUUCCCUAUGAAACGUGCACUAAAUGCAUCAUCACAGUUUUGGAAUGAAACAGGGUCACCAGGGUCAUCUUCUUCAAGCAAACGGUUUCAUGGAGAUCUUAACAGUGGAAUUAGCAGCAAUGCUGAGGAAAAUAAUUCAUUUGUUUCACUGCUUAGCCAGCUUCCACCAAGCACAACUUUUCAUCAAAAUUCAAUUCUUGGAGAUGGUGUAAUGAGGCAACAAUUUCAACUUCCGGACAUAAAUUGGAACUAGUUAUAUAUAUAUGAUUGCUAGCUUGGUUAAUAUGGUUAGUAUGUUAAUAAUUGAUGCAUGCUGAUCUUACUAUUAUACUUUCUAUUGUAACCAUUGAUAUUAUUUAUAUACACAAAAAGGAAAUCAUAGGCCUAUAUAUAUUUUGAAGUAAUAAAUUAACAUGAUUAAAUCUUAUA